AUGGAGUUCAGGUUCUUGGCCUUUUUGGCCUUAUCCACCUAUUUAUGUAACUUAGCUUUCGCUGACGGACCAUUUUAUAAUGGUGGACAGAAUAAUGCGCCUAGUCAAGUGUCAAGCGGUAACUUUAUAACACAAACAGUGUACGGCUUCCUGGACUUCACAACUACAAUAGGAAAUACGGUCAUGAUUUUUUCACCGCAUUCGGCACCACCACCAGAACCACCGAAGACAGAGAAAGCAGUACAAGAAAACAUUAUUGAAACUAAGCCGCCGCCACCAUCGGUCACUGAUGUAAAACCUGAAAAUAUUAAACCAAGUAAAACAUCUAAUAAAGCAGCAACACCGAUAGCUGUGUCAAGUGCUAUUUCCGUUAUGUCGUCUCCUCCAAAAAAAGACACCAAUGUCCCUAAAUCAGCUAUAAAGGAACAAAAACAAGUUAUUACGAAAGUUGAAGUAGUCGCUGGUCCCUCUAAAAUUGUAGAGAAUAGCUCACCUAAACAGUCCCCAUCGAAAUCAAAUAAACAAUCCUCUCAGUCUAACAAAAAGCAAAAAAAUGAAACCGUUAAAAGUGUAACAAAUAUUAUUAGUAGUAAAGUUGAAGUAAAACAAAGUCCUUCACCCUCAUCAAAAAUAAAUAGUGUACUAGAAAUGAAGUCAAGUAAUUCGGAUGAAGAGCCAGCUAUUUUGGUCACUAAUAACAAUAUUGGAGAACCAGAAUACGAUUUUUUAUCGCGUCAACCAUCUGAAUUUGUUGAAGAGACGUACAAAGUUAUAAACUUACGUCCUUCAAAAUUACAUGGCCAUAAACCUAAAAACCUUAAAAAUAGAGCGCACUCUCCUACUCCUCCACCUGAAGAUGACGAACAUCCUAUUGGGCUUGUUACAACACUAGGAGGAACAAUAGUUAAAGAUGGUGCAACAACUAUACACGAGACUAGUGUAAUAGGUACAUAUAUAUCAGGAAAAUAUGCUCAAGUGCUCAAUAGUCAUUCAAAAAUAUUGCAACCUUCUGGGCAUAGAGCUAAAAUAUCUCCAAGUCCUACUCACAGAAUCCUCAAAACUGCAGCUCCUUCAAUAGCUAAAAAUCAUAGACAUCAUUUAGAACCAACUCCUACUCUUAGCAGUGAUGACAAUAAUUUUAGCAAAACCACACGGAGGCAAUCAAAUAAUGGAAGCUCGUUUAAAAAUCGCCAAAGAUCACAGAAUAAUGAUAAUGAUAACCAUGAAGCAGCUGUACCAAAUAAGAAGUUUAAAAAUCGGAGUUCCUCGCAUUCUCAACGCACUCAGAGUACACGGUAUGGUCGACUUGCCAAUACUCCUCAACUGGCAACCGUCUCUGUUUUCAGUGAAACUCCAGCGCCAUCAUUUUCAAAUAGACGAAAAAGCAACCGAAAUUCUGGGCAUAAAACGACAGUCACUCCUUUAAGCAACAAUGACAGCUCACGGCGGGGAUUCAAACCACGUAUUCAACCAACAGCCGUUGAACAAGGGACUCCAGCUACUUCUACAAGCAUAUACAAAUUUAAAUUAAAUCGUUCACAAGGAUCUAGCCGCUGGCAAUAUAAAACAAGCCCGAAACCCAAAGUAACCAUACGAAAAACAUCUGGUGAAGAUGAACAAGCUACAACACCAAAUUCCAAUCCUCUACUUGAUGACCCCCAAUACAAUGAUAUUUCGCCACAAGGUAGAUCCGACAAUGAUUUGGAAUUAUCGAGUUCUCAAAAUGGACCAGGAACACUUUUUGAAAAUGAGACUGAGGAUAAUUCUAUAGAAAAACCACCACCUGUAGAAACUAUAAAGGUAGAAAUUUCUACUCCAGCUGAUUUUCGGGACGUUUACUACGAAAUAGCAACUCUUAAAUCGCCAUAUACAUUCCAGGUUGGGCGUGUCAAAAACACUCGUAUCAUCACAGUAACAACAACUAUAGAAAAACGAAUCGAUCAAACCGUAACUUUUAAUGCGCAAACUUCUCUCAACGAGCCGUUGACAGAAAAUAUAUUAGCGACAGCUUCGCCAUAUGGAAAAGAUCACUAUUUAUUAGAUUCUAGUAUAGUUACAUUACCAGCAAUAACAUUAUCUUCUGAUAUGGAAACACCACCAUUAGAAACAAUAACAGAAACCUUUAGUACUACACAAAAUAUGUUAAAAACUCAUAUAUUACCAGUCGUGAAUGGUGCCAAUUUCACAAGUAGCUUAACUUUAGUACAAACCUAUCAAAUAACUAGAUUCGUUACUGCAACAAAAACGUUACCACCCAUGGAUUUCUUCCAAUUCAUCCCAAGUAAAACUUUAAAAGAAUUUAAUAGCCGUCUUGAUGAAGCUGGUUCAGAACUUCAUUUAGAACUAGAUUUUGGUGAUAGUAAUGAAGAUGAAGACGGUGUUCAUCGUAGAGUACUCCCAGCUGAGUUAGAUCUUGCAAAUAUUGGUUCUGAUUUUGAUCUCACUGAAGUUGACAAAUUCAAAUUAUCUGAUAAUCACUUGCGGCUUAAGAAAGCCCAUGAGCAAAACAAGAUUAAUCAAGUGACAGAACCGCCAAAUGUGCCUUCUGCUGCAUUAACGCCUGAACAGGCCCAGCAGCUUGCCCUCCUAAGGCUACUUAACCCAGCUGCAGCUGCUCAAAUUCCGAACGUUGUUACUACAUCUAAACCAAUUCUAAAAUACGAAACGGUAUACGAAUCCCACGUCAUACCACUCUUCAACGGAAAAAGUACUAUUUUCAGCACUAUCUCUAGGCCCGUGGCUACAGUUACAAAAACCGAUUACGAAAUUGGAACAAGUAGUCUUCCAGCUCUGCCACUUCAGCCGAUUAAUCCACUUUUCCCGCAACAACAAUUUUCAGUUAUUUCGACACCAGUUGUUAUGAACACCGAAGUUACUGCAACUGAUAGUCAAAUAUUGAAAUUAACUUUUGGCGCUAAAACAGUCUACACAACAUUGUUUACGACUAAAGUUGUACCAACGGUUCUGACGUCUUUUGUAACAUCAUCAAUACCCGUGCAACCAAGCGCCGGUUUCCCAGGAUAUUUCCCAGCACCAUUUGCUCCAUUUCCUUACGUUGGAUAA